AUGAAGAGGAUCUUCGGGUUCGCGAGGAAGAAGAAAGGGCAGCCGCCGUCCGGCAGCGCCUCCCUGCCCUGCCCCGCCGGUGCCUACGAGCUCCGGCAGAAGGACCUGGGCAAGCUGCACCGUGCGGCCGCCAGCGGCGACCUGGCCCAGGUGCGGCAGGGGCUGAAGAAAUACGGCGUCGACGGGCGGGACAAGGCGGAGCGGACACCUCUGCAUCUUGCUUGUGCAAAUGGCCACGUGGAUGUCGUUACAUAUCUAGUAGAAAACAAGUGUAAGCUAAAUCUUUUUGACAGUGAUAACAGAUCGCCACUGAUGAAGGCAGUACAGUGCCAGCAAGAAAAAUGUGUGGCUGUUCUGCUACAGCAUGGUGCUGACCCAAAUCUGGCAGAUGCUGACGGCAACACUGCUCUUCACCUUGCUGUCAUAUCUCCUAAUAUAUCUGUAGCAGGGCUGUUACUUGAGCAUAAUGCCAAUAUUGAUGCCCAGAGUAAGGAGGGAUGUACCCCGCUUAUUCUUGCUGUCUCUGAACAUCAUGAAGAGAUAGUAGAGUUUCUCCUUAAAAAAGGAGCUGACGUGCAUGCUCGAGAUCAGUGUGAAAGAACCCCACUUAUGACUGCUGCUUCUGGUGGGGAGCUUAAUUUGAUAAAAGUUCUUCUUCAAUAUGGCGCUGAUGUUUCCCAUAAGGACACUAACGGAUGGACAGCUGAGGAUUAUGCUGUUAUUCAUGGAUAUUCUAGUCUUAGUAAACAACUGGCAGACUAUGCAGACUGGGAAAACACAGGAGAAGCUUCGGCAGGUGGUGCACAAGGCAUCAUGGUACCUAGCACUCCUCACCGGGUAGGAGCUGCUGCCUUUACGUUGGGUGCACCUGCUGUGGACAGAGGAGCAAUAGAUGACUUUUCCCAAGGAGACUCAAUAAGAAGCUCUGAGAAAGAAGGGAGUGAUGACAGUUGGCAUACUUCUGAGGAAGAAGAACUUGAUUUUACUCCCAAGAAGCUGCAGAAGCCAAACUUGACACUGUUAAUGAACGUUUCCCAGCAGUUCAAGAAAAACAAUGAUGGUGAUGGUUCUAGAAUUGAAAGUCCCAAGUCACCAAAGAAAAGCCUCAAACAAAGAACCCCGUCGGAUGCAAACCUGAACAGAGGAGAACGUGGAGAACUGUUGAGUCAAGACGUCUCAGAUGCAAGCAACCUGGAGGAAGAAGAAUCGGAGGAGGAGGAAGAUGAUGAAAAUGAAGGAGAUGAUGAUGAAGAUUAUGAGGAGGCAGAGGAAGAAGAGGAGGAGGACGAGGAUCUUACACAAGAUGAAAAGGAGGAGGAGGAUCUGGAAGAUGAAGAAACUCAGUCUAAUGACAUAUUGGAGGAGGAGCAGGGGGAGAAAACAGAACCUAAAGGGGAAAUCAAUCAGAAAUUGGAGUAUUUUAGUAACACUAAGUAUGAAGGAGAAGCUUGGUGUGGAACUGGAGAUGUCUGUGAUGAUGAUGAUAAUAAAGAACUUCAUGAAAAGGUGGAGGAAUCUGUUGAUACUCCUGUGUCUUUUAUAGCUGGGUGUUAUGAAAGGUCGCAAGAAGAUGCAAUUGCCAUGUCUCCAAAGAUAAUGAAUAAUGAAGUAUCUUGCAAGUCAGUACCAAAACAAGCUGUCUUUCAAAAUCUAAAUAAUUUGCAAGAUACGCAAGAAAGCUGGAACAGGAAAAGCAUGAUACAGGAGAAGUUUCACAGAAAUGCUGACUCCUGUUUUGCAGACUCUGAAACGACAGACUGGAAAAAAGAGAUACCUCAGCCUCUCUCAGAUAGUUGUGGUCUUAAGGAGAAAAAGUCAAGCUUCAGUGAUGGCUUUGAAAGUGGUGAUAAUUCUUGGUCAGCAGCAAAAAACCCGAGGCUUGAAAGUCAAAGACCGAACCCUGUCAUUCUUGAACGUGUGGAUGAUGAAGAUACUGAAGAAGAGCAAUCUGAAGAGGUAGAUGAUAAAGUCUGUGAAGCACUGAAACAAGAAAGUGAAAACUUGUGCUUAAAUAGGCAUGAAGAAAAUUUAAAAGCAGCAUUUCACUCAAGCACCAAAGCAGAAUCACCUGAAUGGGAAGAAGAGGAGGAGGAGGAGCAGGAGAAGGAAGAUACUGGUGAAGAGCUCCAAACUGCAGUUGUUGAGGGUGUGAAAAAUUCUAUUUGUAAUGAUGGCCAUUAAGUCCACAGUGCUUCAAAAGACAACACUGGUGCCCUGCCAGCAGUGGGAGCAGAGGAAGAGGAAGAUGCUGAAUCUCCCUGGGACUCUGAGGUUAUACAGACGGAUUCUGGAAGUCUGAGAAAAGUAUCGUCUGGCGUGUUGCUCCCGGCUGCAGACAGACACGGAGCAUGCUUACAGAUUGUUUCAGGGGAACGUGACAAUGGCUUUUCGGAGAAACCCAACAAUUCCCCACUGAAGACUUCUGAAUCUGUUUUGGAAAUGAAGGAAACCUCUCCUAAAAAAAGGCAGCAGAAAUCAGAUCUAUUGGAGGAAUUUGGUUUAGGAGGUGCAGAGGAUAUUGAAGAUGAGUACUCAGGAUCUACCUUUCAUAUGUCAUCAUCAGCUGAAAAAGAAGACAUCAAGGAUGCCAUUGAAAAUUAUAGGGCACAGGAUAAAUAUAUUUUAGAAGCUACCAACUUGGUAGAAAAAACAGCACAUGAAAAUCAGACUGACAAAGCAGAAAUUUCACAUCAGGAAGCCCUAGCAGAAAAUGAGGAAUUGCACAGUGCUGACAAGCAGUUAAGCCCAAAACCUUGGGAAGAAAGAUAUGAAAGGAUGUGGGUUGAAAAUGAGAAAAGGGAAUUGAAAACAAAUUUUAAAAACAUUACAGCAGAGCUGAAGCAGCUGUUUGGUGAAAUUAAUGAAACUGGGAAAACUACUUCCCUUGUGGAAGAAAUGUCAGAAGAUGGCUUCAGUGAAGAAUUGAAGAGUUCUCGUGUUGUUUCAUCUCGUGUGACAGAAUCAAGUAAUAAGUUAGAAACUAAAGGUGAAUUUGGAGAUAUUAAACUUAUGCUAGGUGGAAAAGAACCCAAAAUGGAAAUUGAAAUUCCAAGUCUUGGUGUCCUUCCUGAUCAAAAUAACUUAAAUGCAAAUGUGGAAGAUACCUGGAGUACAGAUGAAGAAGAUAGCACAAAUGAUACAGAUAAUACAAAGGUGCCUCUAGCAAAAGGAGAGGAAAAGAAAAUGCCUACUAUGGAAAUGGAGGAGAAUGAAAAUGGAAGUAGUAGAAAUGUAGAGGGAAGUCCUGAAUACUCCCUGAGACAUAGCUUAAAAACAAGUAUUUUGGAUGACGCUUCUAAUAUUCUUCCUAAAAUAAGACCUGUUUCUACAAGUGAUGCAAACACACUUUUUGUAACAGAAAGGAAACUUGGAAAAGACUCUGGAUUUAAUUACGAAGUUCCCGGGGACUGCCUUAUCGACAAUUAUAAAAUAGGAGAAACAGAAAUUGACAGUCUUUUUGCAAAUGCUCAGCAAUCAUGUGGCAUGCAGAAAAGGAAUUUUGAUGAAGAACUAAAACAAGAUAUGGAAAGAUUUAAGAGUAAGGUAGGAAUGCUGCAAAUAGUAUUCCUGGCUUUGGAGAAAGAGAAGGUACAGCUGCAAAAAGAGGUUGAGAAGGAAAAAAGCAAAGAAAGAUAUUUCAAAACACAGGCCGUGGCAAAACAGGAAGAUCUUGAUAAAUUAAAUACACCGACAGGCAUUGUUACUGAUCAGCACAUGAAACAAAAGCUUACUCUAAGGAAUAAUGACUGUUUGAAAAUGGAGAAUGAAAACACUAUAGAAGAAAAAGACAAAAAGAAUUUUUCAUCUGAGGAGACAUCAAAAUUGAUUAAAUUGCCGAUGAAAGGUAAAUUUGCCCUGAAUACAAAAGUUGCAAAGAAAAAUAAAAGACAGACUUCAAAGCAGAAGGCUAAUCAGCAGAUGAGCACUUCCAGUGGGAAUAAUUUUCAAGUACUAGAUGAUAGCACUUUCAGUGAAACAUCUCAAGAUGAAGGAAGACCUGCAGCAAAAACAGGAAGUGAAAAGAACAAGGUCAGCAUACAAAUGGAUGUAACUGAUGACCUUGAUUUAACUCACUCAUCUGACACAAGUUCAGAGGAUGUUGAAUUACCAACUUCAACCUACAAAGAGGCUAUGUUGCUGUUAGAACAGCUUAGUGUGGAUCAUACGGGUUCUGCUAUUUUGUUGAAAAUUCAAAACAUACUUCUUGAAUAUGAACAGAUAAUAGAACAUGAAAAAAAUCGGUAUACAGCUGUCUGGAGAGAAGUAAGGAAAUUGGAAAGUGAAAAGCAGGAGUCACAAUUAAUAGUGGAAGAAACUCAAGAUUUGAAAUCCAUAUUGGCUCACCAAGAAUUGGAAUGGAAAAGUGAUAUCCAAAGCCUUAAAUUUACUUUGAAACAAGAAGAGGAAAAGAGGCUCAGAGUAGAAACUCUGUAUGAGAAGACAAGAGAAAAACUCAGAAGGAAAGAAGAUCAAUAUUGUAAAGAGAUGGAGGAGAAACAGCAACUUGAGUUACACUCAAGGAAUUUAGAAAUGGAGCUACUAACACUGAGGAAGCUCUUGAAACAGGUUGAAGAAGAACGUGAUGAAACACAGAGACAGCUCUCUCAGGAAAAGAGUGCCAGAGCCCUGCAAGAAGGAAUUUUGAACAACCACCUUUGGAGACAAAAGGAGUUAGAAGAAGAGACAAGAACAACUAUAGGAAAAAAUUCAGACGAAUCCGACACUGAAAGAGAAAAAGAUCUGUUGUACAAAAAUCAGUUACUGCAAGAUGAGAUUGCUAUGCUAAGACUAGAACUUGAUCAAGUAAGACUUAGGCACCAGGAGGAAGAAGGAAAAUAUUUAGAGGAAAAUGAGACCUUGAAAGAAAAAAAUGAAGAUCUCAAAAAGGAACUUAAACUGAACGAGGAAGCCUUAACACAAACGGUUUUUCAGUACAAUGGACAGCUGAACUUAUUAAAGACAGAAUCUGCAUUGCUAACUUCCAAACUUGAGCAGACGAAAGAAAGCAAAGACAGACUAGAGACAGAAAUGGAAUCAUUUCGUUCCCGCCUGAACACUACUGUUCAAGAACUUGAACGUCAUCAGUCAUCAAAAAGUGAUGUCGAACGAACAUUUCAGAGAGAACGUGAUGAAUGGCUUCGCUUGCAAGACAAGCUUCAUCGUGACCUCUCUGAUGUGCAAGAAACCAACAAGAGCUUGUCUCAGCAGCUGAGUAAAGCCGAAAGCAAAGCUAAUAGCCUAGAAAAUGAGUUUCACCAGUUGAAACAAACACUCAGAGAAAAAACAUUGCUUUUAGAAAUGACUCAAAAAGAAUUAAGUCAAGCCCAGUGUCAGGCAAAGGAAUGUGAUCGUGCUCGACAACUUGAGAAAGAUCAAGUAAGCAAACUUAUAAUAAAGCAGGAAUCCAUGCAGGAGCGAUUGGCCCAGCUCCAGAGUGAAAACCUUUUACUCCGUCAGCAACUGGAAGGUAUGCAGAACAAGGGGAUCAUCAAAGAAAAAGUAGUGAAUGAUGUGCAGGACCGGUUUAAUGAUAUUUUCAACAAACUCAGAGCUGAUACUGAAAAGCAAGUUUACCUAGUGGAAGAGAGAAACAAGGAAUUAAAUACUAAGUGUACUGAUUUAAGAGAACAAGUCUUUAAAUAUGAGACUGACAAAGUAGAAAGAGAGGGCAUGGUCAGACAGCUGCAGCAGGAGCUUGCCGAUGCUCUUAAAAAGCAAUCUAUGUCAGAAGCUUCACUUGAAGUUACCACGCGCUACCGCAGUGACCUGGAGGAAGACAAGCUGCGCUUGCAAAAGGAACUGGAAAAGGUUAAAACUAAGUUGCAGGAGUUGGAAGAACAGCAUCUUCAGUCUGAGCAUUGUGUUCGUGACUUGAAGACUGCCUUGGAUAAUAAGGAAAGGGAAGUAAUAGCUUCUAACCAGAAACUGCAGGACCUCCUGUUGGCAUCUUCUGGGACUAAUACGACUAUAAAACAACUGGAAGAACACGUGCAACGCCUUGAGAUUGAAAAUGCCAGACUGGAAGCCACAGUCCAGCAACAAAACAAUAGGAUUGAAGCCCUUCAGAGAGACCUGCAAGCCUCUGCCUCAGUUCAUAACCGCCUGGAAGACUUGAUAACUAGCUUACGGACAACACAGGCAGCUGCAGAGGACCACCUCCACCAGCAGGUACAUGAAUGGCUUCUGUGAAUGACUGGUUUAGUCUUUGACUUUUUUGUGUGCAG